ACACAUUCUGUGGUGCCUGUGGAGGAACAUGAAAUGUUUCUGUAGGACCACCAGUGUUCAAAGCUACAGCAAGUCUUUGCAAGCUGGCUAUACUUCUCUACUUCAGUCUGGAAACACCUCUGCAGUAUAGCCCACCAACCAGCCCAUGUAAAGGAUGAUAGGAGAGAAGCUGUUACUGUCCAUAAUACUAAUGUCUGUGCUGAGUUUACUGACACUACAGACAUCGUAUGGACAGCACUUGGCAGAGGAGUCCUGCACUGUUCAGAUCCUUGUCCCUGGACUCAAAGGAGAACCAGGAGAGAAAGGACAAAAAGGAGCACCAGGGAGACCAGGAAGAGUUGGCCCUCCUGGAGAGAUUGGUCAAACUGGGGUUAAAGGUCAGAAAGGCAUAAUGGGACGUUAUGGAAAAGUGGGCCCGAGUGGAAUGAAAGGGGUAAAGGGAGACAUGGGGGAUCCAGGUCCAGCGGGCCCUAAUGGAGAUCCAGGUGUUCCAUGUGAGUGCACACCAAUGAGAAAGAUGAUUGGAGAAAUGGACAUUCUUGUGGCACAGCUCUCAUCUGAACUGAAAUUCAUUAAAAAUGCACUGCCCUCCCCUGCAGCUGUUGCUGGCAUAAAAGAGACAGACAGUAAGGUCUAUCUGUUGGUGAAGGAGGAGAAGCGCUACUCCGACGCUGAGGUCUACUGUCAGACGAGGGGAGGGCACCUGGCCAUGCCCAAGGAUGAGGGAGCCAACUCAGCCAUUGCAGGGUACAUAACCGAAGCAGGCCUAAACAGAGUCUACAUCGGCAUUCAUGACCUGGACCGCGAGGGUGUUUUCACCUACGUGGAUCUCUCUGCCAUGACCACUUUCAGCAAAUGGAGAAAGGGAGAGCCCAACAACGCCUAUGACGAUGAGGACUGUGCUGAGAUGGUGGCCUCUGGGGAGUGGACUGAUGUGGCGUGCCAUCCUACCAUGUAUUUUGUUUGUGAAUUUGAGAAGGACAGUGUCUGAGUUCAGUCUGUGUUAAAAGGACUGCUUAAAGAAUGGAUAAAUAUAAUGGAACAAAAGUUCAAUGUACUCACUGUGUGUGUGCUACUUCUCUCUGUAAAUAGGGUGACAAAAUGACAUGCAAGUUGUGCAAACUAGUUUACAGUUUUCUACUUUCUUUUUACUUUUCCUUAUAAGCAUGACAGCUAUUUAUUUUCUUCAUUCACAAAACAUCCAGAGUUUUUGUUCUUUUGUAUGAAUUUUACUCAUUUUAAGUACACCCUUAACCUCCUACUCUGGGAUUCAUUAGUGUUUCAUACAGCAUGCCAGGCAAUGUAUAGUGUUUAUGUUAUGCAAACUAGCCAACGAGCAAUAUUUGCAACAUGACUAUCAACCAAAAAAGACAAAUAAGCAAAUGUAUGUAAUAAGUUGUUUGUGCAUACAAUAUGAAAUUAUAGAAAUAUUUUGUUUCCAGUUGCAUGCAUUUAAUCAUAAAAAUGUAAUACAAUAUGCAUUCUAUAUUCAUUAUCAUAUCAUAAGUUAUGUGGUGGUUGUGAAAUAAAAAUUCACUGAUAAUUUAAAAAGAAAGUGUCUCUACCCCUGAGCUGACUACAUUUAUGUAUUGCAGCAGAUUAAACAAAUCUAGCAGUGUAACAGCCUCCACCCAGUGGAUAAAAACUGUACUGCUUUGUAACAAUUUCUCACACAGGGAUGUCAAGUUAGUAACCUUAACCAUGAUUUAGCUCUAUUUAUGUGUCCCAGUAAGCCAUAGCAGCAUGACAGUGGGCCACUAUGAACAACAACAGGACCCUGAAACUGAAGCAGCAAAAAACUUCAGCCAUCAUUAAUUGUGUUAUUUACACGUUCAUUUCCUGCUGUUAAGUAUAUUUUGUGACAGCCUAUGCUCCUGUUUAAAACAUGUCUACACA